ACCAAAUGGAACAUUUAUGUAUUACAUACAAAUCUUCCAUGGAUUAUACUUAUGGAUAAUACAUGUAUUGACAAAAUAGACAGUCCAAAUGACUUGUAUUCCUUUUUAAAGAGUAUUAAAAAGGACAAAGGAUUCAAGGCAAAAGUUGUCCUUUUCCUUUUUAAAAACUGUCCGCAAGGAUCUGCAAAUUAUCAUUACUUUGGAGUUUUGAAGAACGUAAUUAAACUCCUUUUUACUGAGAACUUUCAAAAUAUAAGUUACUGGGGAGCACCAAAAAAGAAAAGUGAAAAUAACGGAUCAGAAAACUCAUCAGUUCGUGUAGUUCUAUCACAGUAUAUCAUAUCAAAAGAUAUGAUCGAACAGAUGUUGAUGACUCUGACACAUCUGGGGAUGAUUCUGACACAACUGAGGAUGAUUCUUCUUAAAAACUAA